CGAUAUAUAUCGAAAUGUGCAAUUAUCCAUACUUCACUUGAAUUGGAAUACGGCUCAGUUAACGAGGGAGUAUACAGGAUCGAAGAUAACCGUUUGCAAAGCCAUUCUAUAAAGCUAUGCCACCGAUCGAACGUCAGAGAGACACGAGAAACGAGAAGCGUGACCGGGAACCGAUCGAGGGACCGAUUCGGAUUAAAACUUCGGCGUAAGCGUUAUUAUUUAUUAUGUCAGACGGGUAAGACGACAGGCACUGAACGACUCGGCGAACAAGCGACAGACCUACCAAGUAGAACGGAGUAAAGUCACUUCGUAUCGUCUUCUCGACUUGUCCUUUCUCGCCUUGCCUUUUAUUUUCGUGUCCCAUAUACCGACUUAAGCGACGUAAGUAACGAAGGACUCCUGUCGGCGUGUCUACCGUGAAACUGUUCCAACGUCUUCGAGGGAAAGCCCACAGUGGGUUGCAGUCGAUACAUCAAGAUUCUACCUGACACUUCUUAUAAGCGAUACACCUCAAUUUUCUACCUUAGUCAUAUUCCUAAACCAAAAUGAGCUGUCGACGUAAUAGUGGAAAGAUAGCCGUGCCCGACGAUCUGAGGAACGUCCUUUUGGAGUUUACGAUAAGUUACCUUUUGGAAAACCCUGGUGAUAUCAUCGACUACGCCGUGGAGUUCUUCUCUCGUCUGCGGGAAAAUAGACAGAUGCAAUCGAUGCGUUCUAAUGCUCAGACUUGCUCGUCAACACCGGAUGAAUCCGUUGACGAGGAACCGCCGGUUGAUAGAUUCUCAUCGCGGAGGAAGAGCGUCUUCGCGGAAACUUACAACCCUGAAGAGGACGAGGAAGAAGAAGGAACGAAGAUUGUACAUCCAAAGAGCGACGAACAACGGCACCGGCUCAGCGAGAGCGUCAAAACUAUUCUGCUUUUCCGCGCGUUGGACAAGGAACAAAUGGCUGACGUGUUAGAUGCUAUGUUUGAGAAAACUGUGGAACCAGGGGAAUAUAUCAUUCGUCAGGGCGACGAUGGAGAUAAUUUUUAUGUGAUCGAAAGGGGAAAAUUCGAAGUCUACGUUAAGGAUCAAACUGGAAAUAAUAUUCAUAUUCAUACAUAUGAUAACAGCGGAGCUUUCGGAGAGCUGGCUCUCCUAUAUAACAUGCCGCGUGCGGCAACUAUUAAAGCGGUUACUCCUGGAACGUUAUGGGCAAUGGAUAGACAGACGUUCCGGCGAAUACUAUUAAAGUCGGCGUACAAAAAGCGGAAGAUGUACGAAGAUCUUAUAAAUAAAGUACCCAUGUUGAAAUCACUGGAGGCGUACGAGCGCAUGAAUUUGGCCGAUGCACUUGUUCCAAAGCACUUUGCCGAUGGCGAGAGGAUCAUCAAACAAGGAGACAGCGCGGACGGGAUGUACUUUGUGGAAGAUGGCGUUGUCCGAAUCACGAUUCUAGGCGACAACGGGCGCGAGGUCGAGAUCAAUCGUGUUCCUGCCGGAGGAUACCUUGGCGAGCUCGCCCUAGUUACGCACAAGCCUCGCGCUGCUUCCGCCUAUGCAGUUGGGAACGUCAAACUAGCAUUCUUGGACGUGGAAGCCUUCGAACGCUUGUUAGGGCCGUGCAUGGAGCUGAUGAAGCGCAACAUCGACGACUACGAGGACCAGCUGAUAAAGAUAUUUGGCAGUAAAAUUGACAUCUCGGAUAUCCGAUAAUUGGCCAGCUGUCGGAUGUCGAGCGCCGCCGUAUCGAAGAUCUUUUACUACCUAUCUAGCUACCGUACAAUAUGUACACUCGGCUCCCACGUAAUUGUGAUCCUUAGUGAAUAUUUUACCCGAUGUCACGGGAGUACUCGUAUUUAAAACCUGAUUUCGCGUUGAGACUUGCGUAUUUUAUCCGACACCAGCGUGUGGAAUUACAACCCGUGGAUUUCGAUUCGGUAUGUUCGUGUAUUCCAUUUCUAUUUGACAUGGUUUUUCCGUUAUAUUUCAGUAUUGUAAUAAUCUCUUGGCUCGAAGGUGCACAACGUACAUGGAGAAGACGCUGUACUUAAUUCUCAUUGUCAUUACCGUUAGCGAAGGUCUGUUCUGGAUGUCGACAAAAAUACAUUCGUUACUAUUAAAUAAAAGGGUUUGCAUCGUGAAACAUUAACGACGACUAUAAAGUAUAAAAAUGAGAAAAAAAUAAAAUGUGUGUGUACGUAUGGAAACGUUGCGUCGGUAAUAGUAAGUAAGAACCGAUCGCGUAUCUCGUGUCCUCCGCUUAUUCGGACGAGCUCGCUGUAUUUCAGUUAUCGAGUAUCUCGAUCCCUUUGUCGAUUCGGAUGCUUCGUCGUUAUAAGAAAAAAAAAUUCAUUGUGUACGUAUCUCUCGUUGUAACGGUGUUCCUCGAUAACGCGGUCCUCGCGUUGUCGCUAACUAUCGAAUUCGAGCUCGGUUCGUCUCCGUUCGCGCUGUCGAAGCGCGGUUUUUACUUCCUUUGCCAAGUACGCGAGCGUUCCUUUAUCGCGACCAAACGCGACCGGAUAAUACACCUUUCUCCGUACUCUUCUCCGAGAGAAUAUUGAGUAUUUAACGGCAACUUAUGCAAAGUAUUUGCAGAUGUGCAAUUAGAUUUAUAUCCGUAGAAUACCGAAUACGUAUAACAUAUAAGAUAUGGUCGACGUGUUAAACGCAUUAAAUGCUACUUACCGUAUGUAGACGAAGUAUUACAUAACUCCCUCCGCAAGAACAGGUGGAAAAUGAAAUGUACUGCACUUUUAUUAAAUACAUAGUAGCCAUUUUUAUUUGA